AUGCCAAGGUUAAGAGUCAACUGGGCAGCGUUCCAUCCCACUCUACCGCUCAUAGUAUCCGCCGCUGACGAUCGCCUAGUGAAACUGUGGCGUAUGAACGAUGCCAAGGCGUGGGAAGUGGACACGUGCCGCGGGCACUACAACAAUGUGUCGUGCGUGUUGUUCCACGCGCGGCACGAGCUGAUCCUGUCCAACAGCGAGGACAAGUUCAUACGUGUCUGGGACAUGACCAAGAGAACGUGUCUGCACUCGUUCAGGCGCGAACACGAACGAUACUGGGUGCUAGCCGCGCACCCGACUCUGAACCUGUUCGCGGCGGGCCACGACGCCGGCAUGAUACUGUUCAAGCUGCAGAGAGAGCGGCCCGCGUACGCCGUGCAUAACAACCUGCUCUUCUAUAUUAAAGACAGGCAAAUUCGCAAGUUGGACAUGCAGACCAACCGUGAUUCCCCUGUCAUGCAGAUCAAGGGAAGUGGCAGAAAUCAACCAUACAGUAUGUCACUAAACCACGCAGAAUGGUGCGUCCUCGUAAACUGGAGGAUCGGCGAGAGCAGCUCGUACGAGCUGUACGCGGGGCGCGAGGGCGGCGAGGCGGCCGAGCCGCUGCGCGCGCCCGCCGCGCACGCCGUGUGGGUCGCCAGGAACCGCUUCGCCGCCCUGGACAAGAACCACCAGCCCGCUAGAGAAUGGUGUGUCCUUGUAAACUGGAGGAUCGGGGAGAGCAGCUCAUACGAGUUGUACGCGGGUCGCGAGGGCGGCGAGACAGCCGAGCCGCUGCGAGCGCCCGCCGCGCACGCUGUAUGGGUCGCCAGGAACCGCUUCGCUGCCCUGGACAAAAACCACCAGCUCGUCAUAAAGAACCUGAAGAACGAGGUGUCCAAAAAGAUCUCCACACCAACUUGCGAGGAGAUCAUGUAUGCUGGUACGGGCAUGCUGCUGCUUCGCGAACCGGACUGCGUUCAGUUGCUGGAUGUACAGCAGAAGAGGACCAUCGCCACGGUGAAAGUGUCCAAAUGCCGCUACGCCAUCUGGAACUCGGACAUGUCCCUCGUCGCCUUACUGGGCAAGCACACCGUAACCAUUUGCACCAGGAAGCUGGAACAGCUCUGUUCCGUGACAGAAGGAGCCAGAGUCAAGUCCGGAGCCUUCGAUGACAGUACCCCGCAGCCGGUGUUCAUAUACACCACUGCCAACCAUAUCAAGUACUGCUGCAGAGACGGUGACUAUGGCAUCAUCCGCACUCUGGACGUGCCAGUCUACGCCGUGAAGGUGCUAGCCUCCGAGUCUGGCGCUAGAGUCGUCUGCCUCGACCGUGAGGCCAGGCCUAAGGUGCUGAACAUCGACCCUACAGAGUACAGAUUCAAGUUGGCGCUGGUGACUCGUCAGUACGACCAGGUGCUGCACAUGGUGCGCACCGCUAAGCUGGUGGGGCAGAGCAUCAUCGCAUAUCUACAAGAGAAAGGUUAUCCCGAAGUAGCGCUCCACUUUGUGAAAGACGCCCGAACGAGGUUGUCUCUGGCCCUACAGUGCGGCAACAUCGAAGUAGCCUUAGAAGCAGCCAAGAGUUUGGAUGAGAAAUCUUCGUGGGACAAGCUCGCUGAGGCGGCCUUGCAGACUGGGAACCACCAGAUCGUCGAGAUGUGCUACCAACGCACGAAGAACUUCGACAAACUGUCCUUCCUGUAUCUCAUCACCGGCAACUUGGAGAAGCUUCGCAAGAUGAUGAAGAUCGCGGAGAUCCGCAAAGACACCUCCGCGCAGUUCCAAGGGGCGCUGUUACUGGGUGAUGCUGCAGAGAGAGUCAGGCUGCUUAAAGGCGCGGGACAGCUGUCCCUAGCCUACCUGACGGCAGCCAAUCACAAGCUGGACGAGGAGGCGGAAGCCCUGAAGGCGCAGCUGGAGGCGGCGGGCGGCCCGGUGCCGGAGGUGAAGCUGCAGGACAAGGUGCUCCGCCCCCCGCUCCCGGUGCAGAACUCGCAGCCCAACUGGCCUCUACUCGCAGUCUCCAAGUCCCUGUUCGAGGUCGCGAGCGCAGCGCGCGCUAGCGGCCUGGACACCGGCGUGGGUGCUGUCGGUGACGAGCCCCUGGAGGCUGGCGGCGCUUGGAACGAUGACGAGGAUGUACUUCAAGAAAACAAGGAGGCAGGUGAUGGCGACGAGGAGCCAAUGGAAGACGCUUGCGAUGAUGGAGGCUGGGACGUAGGCGACGAGGACCUCGACCUGCCCGAGGAGCUGGCUCCUGUUUCUGCGGAUAUCGACGGAGGCGACGACACGCCAGCGUACUUCGUGGCCCCGACCCGUGGCUCGAGCGUGGCCCUGUCCGCUAAACUCAAGACCGCACACGACCACGUCGCUACUGGCCAGUUCGAGAUCGCUUUCAGGCUUCUAAACGAGCAAGUAGGCGUAGUGAACUUCGAGCCGUACCUAGAAACGUUCCUAGCCAUGUACAGCAGCGCGCGGCUAACAUUCGGAGCGCUCCCGUCCACGCCGCCGCUCGUCGCCAACCUGCACAGAAACUGGCAGGAGGCUAGUGGCAAAGAUUUACUGCCUAUAGUCACUGCAAAACUCAACGACCUUGUCACCCAACUGCAACAAUGUUACCAACUUACAACCGCCGGCAAGUUCACCGAGGCCACAGAGAAGUUACAGCGCGUUGUCCAACGCGUGCCGCUGUUACACGUCGAGGGGAAAGCGGAGCUGGCUGAGGCGCAACAACUACUGGCUAUUUGUAGGGAAUAUCUGUUGGGGCUGCAGAUGGAGACGGCUAGAAAAGCAAUGCCCAAAAACACACUCGAAGAGCAGAAGCGGACCUGUGAAAUGGCAGCCUACUUCACGCACUGCAAGCUCCAGCCCGUUCACCAGAUCCUGACCUUGAGAACUGCCCUGAAUAUGUUCUUCAAGCUUAAGAACUACAGGACCGCUGCGUCCUUCGCCAGGAGACUGCUGGAACUUGGACCUAGGCCCGAGGUUGCACAACAGGCAAGAAAAAUCCUCCAAGCCUGCGAAAAGACGCCAACCGACGAACACCAACUACUAUACGAUGAGCAUAACCCCUUCACUAUCUGCGGCAUAAGUUACAAGCCGAUAUACCGCGGCAAGCCGGAGGAAAAAUGCUCGCUCUGCGCCGCUUCAUACCUCCCCGAGCACAAAGGGAAACUCUGCCCCGUCUGCGGAGUCGCCGAAAUUGGAAAAGAUGUCCUUGGACUUAGGAUCUGUCCCCUUCAGUUUACUAGAUAAUGUGUAUUCCGUUUUGCAUAUGUAUAUUGUAAGGAUAUAGAAUAAAAGUAUUAUUAUA